AUGUGCAAAAGUUUCUGUUCGAGCUUAUCUGGCCCAACACUCCAAUGGUACACGAAUCUCCCGAACGGAUCCAUCAAUUCAUUCGCUCAACUCACCGACACAUUUGUUGAACAGUUCGCCAGUAGCAAGAAACUCGAGAAGCUGUUGGUUGACCUAUACAGAGUAUACCAGAGAAGGGGAGAGCCACUGAGAGAGUAUGUUAGCAGGUUUAACAAAGAGAAGAUCUCCAUCCCUGCAUGUAACCUUGAGACAACCGUAGAUGUCUUCAAGAAGGGUCUCCUCCCGGACGGAGAGCUAUACAAAGAACUUACAAAGCUGGGUUACACCACAAUGAAAGAUGCCCUGGCCCGGGCAGUGAUCCAAAUAAGGUGGGAGGAGGAUGAGAUAAACCAAACGAUUUACUCCAGAUACGAUUCAAGGUGGAAUGACAUGAAGCCAGAACACAGGCCAGUGGAGCACCGCUACAAACCCCCAGCAUGCAAGCUCAAUCCCAAGGCAAGGAGAGAUAAGACCAAAUGGUGCGAGUUCCACGACAAUCAUGGGCACAAUAUCGCAGACUGCAUCACCUUACGGCUAGAGGUCGCUGCACUUCUAAAGAGGGGACAUCUCCGGGAUUUGCUAACCGAUAAGGGGAAGAACACCAUUAGCCAUAAGAGUUCAAAAGAACCAUCACCACCUCCGCGAGAACCUACACCAAAAGGUUUCUAUUCGCUCAUCUCUGGAGGAUCAGAGAUCAGUGGAGUAAGCUACUCAUCGGCCAAGCGAUAUGCCAAAGCCAACCACCACCAUGAAGUCCAGUCCAUCCAUACGAUCUCGCGGUCACACACUCAUCAGGUAAUUCAGUUUGAAGAUGAAGAGUCGAUUGUCUUGGCCGCUCCUCAUCACGAUGCCCUAGUCAUCUCCCUGCAGGUCACCAACAUCCUAGUAAAAAGAGUAUUCGCAGAUGGAGGCUCUUCAGUAAACAUCCUAUUUCUCAAAACAGUGACGGCUAUGGGAUUUGAAGAGACAAACAUCAGCAGGCGGCCGACGCUGCUAGUUGUUUUCAGCUCUGAGCAGAAGUAUACUAUCGGGGAGAUCAUCCUCCCUAUCUACGCCGACGGAGUUAAUAAACAAACCAUUUUUCUGGUAAUCGACAGCCCCUCGUCAUACAACAUCAUCUUGGGCUGA